CUGAAGGAACCCAAGGUACAACAGGUACUGGGGCAACUCAAGGUACAACAGGCACCGGAGCCACUCAAGGUACUACAGGUACUGGAGCAACACAAGUAACAACAGGUACUGGAGCUACUGAGGGAACACCAGGAACAGGUGCAAGCACACAAACACCGGGAACUGCUGCCACACAAGGAACACCGGGCACUGCACCAACCAGCGGAACUGGUGCAACUGAAGGAACCCAAGGCACAACAGGUACUGGAGCAACUCAAGGUACAACAGGAACCGGAGCUACGCAAGGUACUACAGGUACUGGAGCAACACAAGGAACAACAGGUACUGGAACUACUGAAGGAACACCAGGAACAGGUGCAAGCACACAAACACCAGGAACUGCUGCCACACAAGGAACACCAGGCACUGCACCAACGAGCGGAACUGGUGCAACUGAAGGAACCCAAGGUACAACAGGUACUGGGGCAACUCAAGGUACAACAGGCACCGGAGCCACUCAAGGUACUACAGGUACUGGAGCAACACAAGUAACAACAGGUACUGGAGCUACUGAAGGAACACCAGGAACAGGUGCAAGCACACAAACACCAGGAACUGCUGCCACACAAGGAACACCGGGCACUGCACCAACCAGUGGUACAAGCGCGGUUACAACUACUGUCAUCUGUCCAUUGAGUGAAGGUAUGGGCAAUCCACAAUAUAUCAACAACGCUACAUUCCAAGGUGCAAACAACAAUCCUAACGUCCAGGAUCUCAAUCCAGGCACACAAGGUGUUGACUUCAACGAGCCAGACUCGU